CUCAGAUUCUCGUCUGCUUUCUGUUGAUCACAAUUAUCCUUCACGCAUGCUCUGAAAAUUACACCCCAAAUUGUUUUCAUUGUCAAUCUGCCAUGUCUGUUCCGUUUUCGGGAGGAUUCACUAGAUCUGCUGGGAUAUAUUCUGCUAUUGGGAAACAACUCAAGAGUGUUAGUUUGAAACCAAUAAAACAAGUCGUAUUUAAAUUGGACCCCUUCCAGCCGAACGUGAAGACCAUCAGGGAUUGUAUGUUCCUAUUUUCUUCUCAAAGAGUUGUGAAUACAAAUCCACGUUGCCUCAUCAAGACAGAUAUUACAGAUAACUGUGAACCAACAAUAUCAAUCACACUUGAUGAGGGCAAGAAACUGUUAUUCAAAACAGAACAUCUAAAUACCUUAGAAGUUCUUCAAGAGUUUAACAAAAUUGUAGUACCUUUGAUUCCAAAGGAAGAAGAAAUUGUUGGAAAAGUUGCAGGUAAAAUUGCUGCUGGUUCUGGAACUAAAGCAGGAGGAAAGUCUAAACCCACAAGAAAAUGAAUGAACGUAAAUUCCCAGGCCGGGAUCCUGGUUCUAUGAAGAUGAUUGAAAACCUUUAUUCACAAGUUCCUGCCUUCACUGAUUUAUUUGAUGAAGAAAGCUUUUACAUGUUUGUGGUUGUCUUUGUAGCUGGAACUGUUCUGGUUGCCUAUAUAGGUUCCAGGUAUAUCACCAUUAGACCAGUCGAAUGAAUUUUGUCGUAGUCAUCAAAUAAAAAUUCGAAA